CAACAUUUCUUGUGAACAGAAAAUACAGAAAAAAUACGUUUUAUUCAGAAUGUUUUAUCGGUACUUUAUUUUGGAUACGGAAAAUGUUGAUAUUUAAUUUUUAUAGCUACAGAAUUUUCUGAGGAACUGGUUGGCAAUAUGUCAGUAGAAAUUAUGGUUCUUUGGAAUAUUGUUAUUUUGCAUUUGUGAUGAAAGUAUGUCUUCUUCGCUAUUGAAAAAGAGCUUGGAAUUCGUGGAAUCUGAAACAUUUCCGAAAGGUGAGUAGCGAAGUAGAGGUCUGCAGCGAUGGGGAAGCAUGAGGUGGGCACGCCCAAGUACAUCGCCAACAAGAUCAAGGCGAAAGGGCUGCAGAAACUGCGCUGGUACUGCCAGAUGUGCCAGAAGCAGUGUCGCGAUGAGAACGGGUUCAAGUGCCACAUGAUGUCGGAGUCGCAUCAACGCCAGCUGCUCAUCUUCGCAGACAACUCGGAACGCUACAUUGAUGAGUUCUCCUCGGAGUUCGAGCAGGGGUACCUGGAACUGCUGCGCCGGCAGUUCGGCACCAAGCGCGUCCCCGCCAACAAGGUGUAUCAGGACUACAUCUCGGACCGCCACCACCUCCACAUGAACUCCACGCAGUGGGAGACGCUCACAGAGUUCGUAAAGUGGCUGGGUCGCCAGGGCAAGUGCGUCGUGGACGAGACGGAGAAGGGCUGGUUCGUGCAGUACGUGGACCGCGACCCCGAGACCAUCGCGCUGCAGGAAGCCAUGGCCAAGAAGGAGAAGAUGGAGAAGGACGACCAGGAGCGCAUGAUGGAGUUCAUCGAGAAGCAGGUGGAGCGGGGUAAGGAACUGAGUGGCAAGCCGGAGCCCUCGUACACGGAGCUGCGGCGUGACGACGAGGACGAGAAGAUAACUGUGAACCUGAACCUGGGUGGCAAGAGCAAGAAGGUGGAGCCGAGCACGAGCGCCCUCUCCAAACACCCGCCGUUGUUGAAGGAGGAAGACAAGAAGAAGGCCAAGAAGGACAAGGGGGAAAAAAGAAAAGCUUCGGCGCUGGACGACAUCAUUCGAGAUGAGGAGUCGAAGAAGGAGCGAGCGAACAGGAAGGAGUUCUGGAUAACGGAAGGUGUGGUAGUGAAGGUGAUGGCCAAGUCUCUGGGCGAUGCGUACUACAAGAAGAAGGGAGUGAUCUCUGAGCUAGCGGGCCGUUACCUCGCGGUAGUGACCAUGCUGGACUCGGGUCACAAGCUCAAGGUCGACCAGGCGCACCUCGAGACGGUGAUCCCGGCCGUGGGGCGAGCUGUGCGCGUAGUGAACGGGGCAUACCGCGGCUGCAGCGCCGUGCUGCGGGGCGUUGACCAGAAGAACUUUGCAGUGUCCGUGGAGAUCUCGUCGGGGCCUCUGAAGGGAAGGGUGGUGGACAAGGUUCAGUACGAGGAUGUUUCCAAACUGCAUGUAUCAUAGUUGCUUUUCUGAGGGGACAGGACUUGAGAAGUUAGCAUGUGUUUUACACUCUCACUACUUCGAGUCAUACGUGGUAGAACUCAUGCCGUUAAUCUCAUUCCCUACAUCACCUGUAUGUAUACAAUACACAUUGGUUUUGUGUUUCCAGUGCAUUGUGGUUACUAGCAAGACUAUUGUUUAUAUUAAUUGAUAAUGGACAUCAUUAGGUUGUAAGCACCAAUGUAGUUCACACUUUACGUAAACGUAAAUAAACGUGAACACUCCA